AUGGGCAUCUGCAAUGCUGGAAAACAAGUGGGAAAACCCCCUCUUGACAAGACCUGUUGCUUACUGAAGGUGAAUCUUAACCAAGGUAGAUUCAGCUUACUGGACAGUGGACUUUUCUUUAUGUCCAAGCUCUCCGCAUUAGAGAGGCAGAUCUUUGAUUUCCUUGGCUUCCAGUGGGCACCUAUUCUUGGAAAUUUUCUACAUAUAAUAGUUGUCAUAUUGGGUUUGUUUGGAACCAUUCAGUACAGACCUCGAUAUAUCGUGGUGUAUACAGUAUGGACUGCCCUCUGGGUCACCUGGAAUGUGUUCAUUAUCUGCUUUUAUUUGGAAGUAGGUGGGCUCUCUAAGGAUACAGAUCUAAUGACAUUCAACAUUUCUGUACAUCGGUCAUGGUGGCGGGAACAUGGGCCUGGUUGUGUCCGAAGAGUGCUGCCUCCAUCAGCCCACGGCAUGAUGGAUGAUUACACGUACGUCUCUGUCACAGGCUGCAUCGUCGACUUCCAGUACCUGGAGGUCAUCCACAGUGCCAUCCAAAUACUACUUUCUUUGGUUGGUUUUGUGUAUGCCUGUUAUGUGAUCAGUAUUUUCAUGGAAGAAGAGGAUACCUUUGAUUUCAUAGGUGGACUUGAUGCACACUCCUACUACCAGGAUCAUGUUCAGUUAAAGCCUGUUAACCUGUAA